CCCGACGGCUGGUCUGCCGCUUGUUCGCGGCACACGGUUCUCGGCGUCGCUGUCGAGCGGAGACUGAAGCUCGGGGAGGGACCAAAUUCUCUGCUGAUUGUUUGGUCCCGCUCGUGUGCGUUGGAGGACAACAGCAGUGGUGUGUGAUCCUGGCGACCGGAGCUUGGAAUCCACGUAGGGUUGAAGAUGAAAAUCGCACUCUAUAGCCAUUCCAUCCCUCCAGCUGUCGAUGGGGUCUCUCGGAGGAUGGCAUCGUUGCUGCAGCAGCUCGUCAAGCAGGGCCACGAGAUGCUCGUCUUCACCCUCGAGAAGCACCCCCAGCUGGAGCCGGCCGCCGAUCCCGCAUCGAAACCCAUCAGAUUCGUCACGCUGGAUUCGUCCUUCCUCGCAGUGUACCCUACCAAAAGGCUGGCCAUGCCGACGCUCACGAACAUGAAUCUGAUCUGCAACACCAUUCGGCUCGAGGGGCCCGACGUGCUCCACUGCACGUUGGACUGCAUCAGUGCCUUCUUCAUUCUCGCUGCCAAGUUCUACCAUGUACCCGUUGUGGGCUCUGUGCACACCGACGUACAGGAGCUGCUGGCAGAGUUGAAUGUGGCGCCUAUUGCGGGUUCGCUGAUCACGUUCAAGGAGGGGGUCGAGAGCCGGCUCCUCGACAGCUGUGCGACCACUUCUCCAUCCUUCAAGUCAAAGCUGGCGGGGCGAGGCGUCGUCUGUGAUCACAUCAUCAAGACCGGGGUGACGGUUGGACAGUUUAGGCCAGGCGUUAGCAACGCCGAGGUGCGGAAUCGCCUGACUUUCGGGAACCCGGAAGGAUUGCUGGUGGUAUACGUCGGCAGGUUUGGCCCAGAGAAGCGGUUGGACAAGCUUGUCCAGAUGUGCGGUAGCGUUGACGGUGUUUAUCUGGCCCUCAUCGGAGACGGUGCGAUGGGGCCUGCGCUGUCAGAGCGCCACGGCUGCUGGUCCAACAGCGGCAAGAGGCGAACUAAGGGAGGUGUGUACUGCCGGAUCGGUUUCUUGGGGCACGAGGAUCUGGCCCCGGUGUAUGCUUCGGCGGACGUUCACGUUUCUUGCUCGCACUUCGAGACUCUGGGCAACACUGUGCUGGAGGCGCACGCGUCUGGAACGGCUGUCGUCGUGCCGAGAGCGCAAGGCUUCAUCGACACGGUAAACCACGAGGAGGACGGCUUCCUUUUCGACGGCCAUCGGCUAGCGGAAGGAGCGGCGUUUCUAGCUCGCCUCCGCGAUGAUCGCGACUUGUGCGCGAGCAUGGGAGAACGGGGCCGGCAGAAGGUGCAAAUGCAGUCUCCGGAGAUGGUGUCGAAACACGUCCUGGAGUGGUACCGAAGGGCCCGCGCAAGCACGAAGGGCCAAAAGAUUACGACCAGCUUGGCGACGGUGGCCGCGGAGCAGCUUUCCUCGCUUGUCAAGGUGCUCAUGGGCGUGGGGAUCUGCUUAUUAAUCCUGCUGGUCGUCGCCUUGUGGUUCGCAGUGGAGGCGGUGCAGGUGCUCGGCGGGAGUGUCGUUCGCUACUGCCACAACGCCAGGAACGUCUUGGGUAACUCGUCGUUCUUCAACAAGGUCUCCAAUUCCUACAAGGCCCUGACGAACAUCACCGUGGAGCGGGAGGCGACACGAUGACACCUCGGCACGUUGCUUCUUCACAACUCCUUCGCGGACUUGCUCUGAAGACGAUCACACCGAACGCAGACAAACCGCAACCAACACUGUCGUGGAAAGGAAGAGAGAGCCAGCAAAGACAGGCUCCGUUCGGCAUAACACGAAAAGGUCCUUCUCCCUCGUCUAUCAGCCGUGUGUACGCGGCCUUGUGUAUUGUAUUCAACGGCGGGACCGUACGGCAGGGUUGCGUGAACGGAAACGUACCUCUGGUGCAGAGCCCCACUUUUGCUGCCAUUUUACCCUUGUCUGACAACGCUUUUACCAACUGUCUUUGGUUGGCAUGUUUUCGGAUCAACUUCGCUUUAAGAUUUUGGGCCUGUGGAAUAUUUAGUUGUUGACAAAGAUUACCCAUGUUGAUUUGCCUUUAAGCAUGCGGGAGGCGACCGCGUCCGUUGAUAGGUAUGGAUUUUACAGCACACUGAGCAGAACCGUAUCAGGAAGACAACAAGCGCGUGGAUUUUUUUGGGUGUCUCUGUCCAAAGUCAAGUGCUCGCGAAGGGCCACCGGAGGGCAACACCCCAUAGCCUUGGCCGGGUUCGCCGACCGUGUGGGGAAAUCCACCCACUCAUUGUGUUCAUGUGUUGUGCUUUGCGUUGCGGGUACUCUACCGGGUAUGCCGUAUUGCUGCGCUGCGCCAAACGAUUUCAGUGCCGGAUUUGUUUUUUUGUCGUUCGUUUGGUAACGUUGUGCUCCUUCGCUCUUCCUUAUUUCCCGGGAAUGUGGGACAGAAGCAGAAGAUGUUGUAAACUUGCCAGUACUUCGUGCCUGGCAGUUUUAUUUUUCUGUUUGGAGUUGUUUGGAGGACCAUCAGGCGUUUUCUGAGACUGCCGAGAUGUUGGUCGAUACCCAGGUUAUUGGUUCCUUGUCCAGGCAGAACGCCGCCAAACAUCAAUGUUCGGAGCCUCCAAAUUCGUCCACACGGUUUUCGAAUACUAAUGCAACAGGCAGUUGCUUGUCAACCUUUUACGAUAGCACAGGAGGCUUGGUUCGGUUGUUUUACGAUAUUUUAGCAUGGACUUACAGGCUUGGUUCAGUAGGAGGAGGUAAGGGUUGUUUCCAAACUCGGUCGAGCGGUCUCUGUCGACCAAAAGUUUAUAUUGCUGUCUUGUCUGUCUGUCCUUUUUAUUCGCAUGCAUAGCCCUCCCCUUGACCGAUCGGAUCUAAAAAAAAGCCGAUCUCAGCCCAC